GUAGCAAAACACAGAUGGAGAACUACACAAAAGUGGCAGAAACUUCAAUGCCCUUUGCUCGUCGGUAUUUGCCACCAAAACCUUUUGAAGCUCUGAAAAUGAUGAGAGAUUUCUCAAAAGAAGUUGCAGAUAUUACAGAUGAACAUGGAAGCUUGCUAGAUUUCAUCGAUGAUGCAAAUAAAGUGGCUGAUGCUGAAGAAGAUGUCAAAAGGCGUGAUAGAAUGAAGGAAAGGUUGAUGAGGCUGAGAGAAGCAGCUUUUCGCAUGGAAGACGUGAUUGAUGAAUAUUGCAUCCGUGUUAAAGAGAAACAACCUCAACAUGGUCCUCCAUGGGCAGCUUCACUCUCUAAGACUGUCCACAGCAUCAAAACCUUCAUCCUUCGACUUCAAAUAGCAUGUAAGAUUCAGGAUGAAAAAUCAGUUGUUCGUGAUGAAAAAGUUGGUUUUGAAAGCCAAUAUUUUUUAGAUAAAAAACUAAACAGUUCUAGAGAAAACAAAAAUGUCACGUUUAAUCAACUUCGAAUGGAUCCUCUCUUUAUGAAGGAAGAGGAGGUUGUUGGACUUGCUGAACCUACAGAGAGAUUGACAGAUUGGUUAACAAUGGGACGAGAAGAACGCACUGUGAUUUCUGUUGUAGGUAUUGCAGGAGUUGGAAAAACCACUCUUGCCAAGCAUGUUUUUGACAGGGUCCAUCAAUACUUUGAGUGCCAUGCAUUGAUCACAGUCUCUCAAUCCUACACUGUAGAAGAAUUGUUGAGGGAUUUGGUACGCAAACUUUGCAAAGAGAGAAAGGAAGAUCCACCUUGUAAAAUUUCUACGAUGGAUAGAGGCUCCUUGAUUGAAGAAGUCAGAGAUCGCCUGCACAAUAAGAGGUAUGUUGUCUUAUUUGAUGACGUAUGGAAUGAAAAGUUUUGGGAUGACAUUCAAUCUGCUUUGAUCGAUGAUAAAAACAACAGUAGGAUAAUAAUCACUACAAGGAACGAGAAGGUUGCGGUCUUCUGUAAGAAAUCUUCUUUUGUUGAAGUGCAUAAGCUAGAAGAGCCAUUAAAAGAUGAAUCUUUCAGAUUGUUCUGUAGAAAGGCAUUUAAGUAUGGUUCUGCCGGAGGCUGCCCAGAAGAACUCAAAGACAUAUCUCUUGAAAUUGUUAGGAAGUGUAAAGGUUUACCUCUGGCAAUUGUGGCCAUUGGUGGUGUCUUGUCCCAAAAAGAUGACAGUGAAAAAGAAUGGAGACUGUUUAGUCAAAAUCUAAGUUCAGAGUUGAAGAGGAAUCCUGAUUUAAAUAUUAUAACAAAAAUUAUAGGUUUAAGUUAUGAUAAUUUGCCGAGCCAUCUCAGAUUAUGUUUACUGUAUUUCGGAAUGUAUCCAAAAGAUUAUGAAAUUGAAUCUGAGAGAUUGGUUAGGCAAUGGGUGGCUGAAGGAUUUGUUACCCACGAAGAGGGAAAAACUUUAGAAGAAGUUGCACAUGAAUAUUUACUAGGGUUGGUUCGUAGAAGUUUGGUGCAAGUGUCAUCAUUUUCCAUGAAAGGAAAAGUGAAAAAAUGUCGUGUUCAUGACUUAAUACACGAUAUGAUCCGUACAAAAGUGAAGGAUACAUGUUUUGGAGAGUAUAUUGGCGGAGGGCAUGAUCAAUCUGAGUCAAGUGAGUCGGUUCGACGUCUGACAAUUCAAGCAAACAAUGAUUUAAAUAGACGUAUUAAAAGAUCACACAUUCGGUCAAUUAUAGUCAUUCCAGGAAAAAAAGAACUAUUGUCUGUCCACUUGGUAAAGAAAAUCCCUAAAGAUUAUAUUCUAUUGAAGGUACUUGAUUUUGAAGAUUGUGGAUUACUUUGUGUUCCUAAAAAGUUGGGGAAUUUAAUCUACCUGAGGUAUUUAAGCUUUAGGGGGACGCAGAUAAAAGUUCUUCCAAAAUCCAUUGGUAAGCUCGUGAACUUGGAGACCUUGGAUAUACGACAAACGCAAGUGUGUAAGGUGCCGAAGGAGAUCAAAAAGCUUAGAAAGUUACGGCAUCUUCUGACACCUGACUCUGUAUCUUCUUCAAUUGAAUGGAAGGAUAUUGGAGGCAUGACAAGGCUGCAAAAGAUACCACAAGUGCGUAUGGAGGGUGAUGGAGUGGCCAUUAGAGAGGUAGGGAAGUUAAAGCAGUUAAGGGUUCUGAGGGUGCUUUGUUUCGGCGGAGAGCACAUUACUUUACUUUUCUCCUCAAUCAAUGAGAUGGAACACUUGCAAGCACUACGCAUUGAAAAAUCUGAUGAUCGCAACGUAGUUGACUUGACCACUACGUCAACCAUAUCUGAACUUAGGAAGCUUUUCCUUGAUUUGAAGUUAGAAAAGUUGCCAAAUUGGAUUCCCCAACUCCUUCAUCUUGAGAGAUUGACCUUGCGCCACUCUGACUUAAACAAUGAUCCCUUGGAAUCACUAAAAGAUAUGCCUAGUUUGUUGGUUCUCUCUUUAUCCCACGCUUAUGAAGGUCAAACUUUGCAUUUUCAGCCUGGAGGGUUCAAGAAACUAAGAAAGCUAAAUCUCGAACAUCUUUGGAACUUGAAUUCGAUCCUUAUGGAUGAGACAGCUCUGCAGUCUUUGGAACAUCUUAAUUUGAAAGGCCUCGAUGAACUCAGAACUGUCCCCGAUGGCAUUCAACAUCUGAAGAAACUUAAAUUUGUUCUUGUCCUUUCUAUGCCAACUCUAUUUGUUAAGGAAAUUGAUCGCAUUGGUAAAGACCAGCACUGGAGCAUCAAUUAUGGCUGUAUGUGAUUCGCGGAAAGCUGUAAGUGAAUAUCCCCUCAAGUUCUCUCUCGUGCGAUCCUUGAAGCGGUGGAUCUCGAUUUGAUGCCUCAAACUGCAAAGCCCAUCUAUUUGUCAUGAUGUUUUCUAAGCUUCCUUCAAUUUUUCCCUCUUUUCUUUUCCAAAAUGUGUAUUUAACUUUUAGUUUGCGGGUGAAGAAUCCUAACUGCAACUUGAUGUUAGAUUUAAUUGAAGCUCAUUUCAGUGAUCGCU